AAAUUAGUCUCAACCAAAAACACCCACAGUUUUCCUCCUUCAAAUGGUCAUCCAUUAACCAUUCAAAUUUCAUUUUAUCAUAUAACCAAACUUUUAAUCCACCACAUUACAAUGGCAUUCACCUCCGUCCCCACUGCAAUGAAGAAAGACACCAGCGGUGGCCAAGGUCUUAUCUUAGGGCGCUACGAGCUGGGCAAACUCCUCGGCCACGGCGCUUUUGCUAAAGUUUACCAAGCCUACAAUGUUAAAUCCGGUGACAGCGUAGCCAUCAAAGUACUCGACAAGGAAAAAAUCCUCAAAGGUGGCUUAAUCGCUCACAUCAAGCGCGAAAUCUCCAUCCUCCGCCGGGUCCGCCACCCCAACAUUGUCCAACUCUUCGAAGUCAUGGCCACCAAAACCAAGAUUUACUUCGUCAUGGAAUACGUACGUGGUGGUGAACUUUUCAACAAAGUUUCCAAAGGCCGAUUAAAAGAAUCCGUCGCUAGAAAAUACUUCCAGCAAUUAAUCUCCGCCGUGAAUUUCUGUCACGCCCGCGGCGUAUACCAUCGUGACUUGAAGCCCGAGAACCUACUCCUCGACGACAACGGGGAUUUGAAAGUCUCGGAUUUCGGGUUGAGCGCGGUGUCGGAUCAGAUCCGGCAAGACGGUUUGUUCCAUACUUUUUGUGGGACCCCGGCUUACGUGGCACCGGAAGUUUUAGGGAGGAAAGGAUAUGAUGCGGUGAAAGUCGAUAUCUGGUCCUGUGGUGUAAUUUUGUUUGUUUUGAUGGCGGGGUAUUUGCCGUUUAACGAUCAAAACAUUAUGGCCAUGUAUAAGAAGAUUUACAGAGGUGAGUUCAGGUGUCCGAGAUGGUUUUCAUCCGAGUUAGUUCGGUUACUCAUGAAGCUUCUGGAUACCAACCCGGAAACGAGGAUAACGAUUCCGGAAAUCAUGGAGAACCGUUGGUUUAAAAAAGGAUUUAAACAUAUUAGAUUUUACAUUGAAGAUGAUAAGUUUUGCAGCGUUGAAGAGGCCGAUGAUGACGUCGGGUCAUAUGCUACGGACCAUUCAUCAAUGUCAGAGUCGGAGUCGGAGUUGGAUACUAGGAGAGGAGCUGGUUCAUUGCCGAGGCCAGCUAGUUUAAAUGCGUUUGAUCUAAUAUCCUUUUCCCCUGGGUUCAAUCUAUCAGGAUUGUUUGAGGAAGGGGGGGAAGGGUCAAGGUUUGUGACAGAGGCACCGGUUUCCAAAAUUCUAUCGAAAUUGGAAGAGAUAGCCAAGGUGGUCCGUUUUACGGUGAGGAAAAAGGACUGUAGAGUGAGUUUGGAGGGUUCUAGGGAAGGGGAGAAAGGCCCAUUGACCAUUGCAGCUGAGAUAUUCGAGCUAACGCCAUCCUUGGUUGUUGUGGAAAUUAAGAAGAAAGGAGGGGACAGAGGCGAGUUUGAGGAGUUCUAUAACAGGGAAUUAAAACCUGGGUUGGAGAAUUUGAUGGAGGAGGAGUCACAAUCUACUGCUUCCGCCGCCGCUGCCGCCGCUGCUGCCGCUGCUGCCGCUGAUUCUUGUUUACCUCCGGAUUCGGAAUAGAGAGUGAGAAUGAUUUUUGAAGUAAAAAGGGUAAGCUUUUUCUCUAUUUUUGUAUCAUAAAAAACAAAACAAGCUAAUAUUCUUUUUUCUCCCCUUUAGAUGACUUAAUGUUAUGUGUAUGAUCUAUUCUUGCAUCCAAGAAGGAUAGAUUUGAUUUGGUUGCACAGAAUUGAAUACAAAUUUCUACUAAUGUUGGCAAUUUGAUUUGUGAGGUGCCUUGUAUAUUCCCAUUAAUUCCAUCCAGA